GUAUUAUUUAAUAUAUUAUUUUAAAAUUAAGAUAAAACCGGAAAAAACUCCCGUGGGUCACUCUCACUCUCUCGUCUGCGAUUCCCCCACCCCCCUGCUACUGCUACGCCGCUAGCCUGCUUGCCAGCACCCAGCGACCAGCACCACUGCACCAGUAGCCACGCAGCCACGCUGAAUCUCCCUCUCGGCACUCUCCCCUAUCGUCGUCUCUCACUCUCUGUCUCUCCUCUGCGAUUCCCCCCUCCCCCUUCUAGGUUGCUAGCCAAGUAGCCAAUCCCAGUAGCCACGCAGCACGCUGAAUCUGCCUCUCUGUCUAUCGUCGUCUGAAUCGUCUCUCACUCUUGCCUCUCGGAUCUAAUCUCAGGCUCAGCCAGGUCUCGGUUAAAAACCGAAAAUUGUAACUGAACCGGCAAAUUUUCGGUUUUCAGUGGAAGAACAACUUCGGUUCGGUUUCGGUUCCGGUACGGCGAUUUCAAAACCGACAUUUUCGGUUCGGUUCGGUUCGGUUUUCGGUUCUGGCCGAAACCGAACUGCACUGAAGCAACUCCGUUCUCUUUUUUUCCCCCUUUUCCUCGAAGGCAUUCAUUAUUAUAUUAAGCAGUUUUUGGGGAACGGCAGUAAUUGAUGAGGUCGUAGAAUACCCCAUUUGAAGCUGAGCACGGUAAUCUCACGAAUAAAAGAAUUGGUAACUAGGUGUCUGAUCAGAAUUGUGAGUGCCGAUGAUGAUUGCCGGAACCAGAGGCAUUGGGCUCCCAUUAAUAAAUCUUCUAAGAUUUAAGGGAUUACCCAUUUUGCAACAGCUACACUUGGAGGAGGAGCUGCUACGGACCUCGUCGGAUAAUUGGUGCAUUAUGAAUGAUGGAACGAAUGACCCUACUGUCGUGAUGGGGGUUUCUGGGAAACCUUCUGAACUGCUCGAAAUUGACUCAGUAUUAAGAGAUCGGGUUCCUGUCAUUAGAAGGUUUACUGGGGGAGGUACUGUUAUUGUUGAUUGUGGGACAAUAUUUGUUACUUUUAUAUGCAACAAGGAUGCUAUUCCUGGGUUACAACCAUAUCCUGGCCCUAUCAUGUCUUGGAGCAGUCUAUUGUACCAUGAUGUGUUCCAAGGAAUUGGUGAUUUCAACCUUUGUGAAAAUGAUUAUGUAUUUGGUAAUCGCAAGUUUGGUGGAAAUGCUCAAUCCAUUACGAAAAACCGCUGGAUUCAGCACACUUCUUUUUUAUGGGACUAUGAUGUCAAGAACAUGGCUUACCUAAAACAUCCAAAACGAGCUCCUGAAUAUCGAUUGGCAAGGGGCCAUUUGGAGUUCAUAUGCCGUUUGAAGGACCAUAUGCCAAGACCAGUUUUCAUUGAGGGAACUGUUAAGGCAGUUGGAACCCAUUUUUCAGUUAGAUCCAGAGAGCUGGAAGCAAUUGAAACUGCCCCAAGUAGAAUAUUUGCUCACUCUUCCAGGCUGCUGACAAAGCAGGAGCUAGCAGCGACUGUUCCUGCAUCUGAUUUUGAGAUUUCUGCACCUGAAUCUUUCAGAAGUGUAACUAUUUGAUAUUUAGGGUUUAUAGUUUCAAUUCGUAGCGUGAAACCUACUAGGUUACGUGCCUUCUCAUUUGGUGCCAAAAUCAUAGUCUGCUUUCCCAAAUGCUGAAAUACUCAUUUUAAGUUGCAAGCUUGCAAGAUGUAGAAUGCAGGUUCAAAUUAUAAGGUAGUGUCUGGGAGUAUAGAUUUUGAGACUUGAAUUUGAAUUUGUGUGGUUUUAAAAGAAAUGGAAUAUAGUUUUAUAUUGUAUUUUGU